AAUCCCUCGAAAUCCGAUUUCAUUAUUCGCACGAACCCGCCCUCAAUUAGUCCUCGACUGGACUGGAUUUGAUACAGUUCCCAUCCUUCCCAAGGUAGUCAUGUGGUGACGUUGGUCAGUUUGAGAGUGAGUGGAAGGCCCGGGCCCAGUCCCUGAAUUUCACUCGGAAGCUCGUCGGGGUACCGUUUGAAUUUCGUUUCUUGGGGUUGUGUGCACCCGAGCAUAAUUGGUGCGGGCCUUCUUCCAGGUGGUGUGGAAGAAUCUUCCCGUAGAGCACCACGACUCGCUAGACUCUGCAUGUGGGUUUUGGGGUGGUGAUAUUGUAAACUUCAGAGGCCUGAGUGGACUGGAAGCUGCUGCUGGAGUGUGUCUGGGCAUCGGAUUCGUAUUGCAGUUCAGGAGGAGGUUGGCGCAGGCGUUGUUUGGAGCUAGAAUAGUGAGUCUGUUGCUUAUUUUUUUUUAAUGCCGGAGGCAGUCUUGAGGAUGGACUUGGAUGACGAAGUUGAUCACCACGAAUUCGUUCCGAGGAUCCAGCCUUUUCGACUUCUAUGACGGCGUCGUGCAUCUGGUAGUGAGAGCUUGAAUCGAUCACGCAUAGAUGCACCAGACUGUUUUACACCGACAGGCUCGCAUUAGAGCUGGCUCAUUGGAAAUCGUUUCUCGUCGAUGCAGAGUCUCCACUCAUAGUUGAAGAGAUGAUGCUGUGAGCAGGAUCUGUGCCGGAUUAAUCAGAGUCCCUGUACUCGCGAAGGAUAGACUCUCUAUUCAAGGACGCCCAGACUUCGCAGAUCUGGGGUCACAGAGUUUUUGGCGCGAGUUUUUCUGCAAUGUGUACUCCUCCCGCGUGCGGCACUUCGAUGGGUCUCUCUCCUACGACCAGUGAUGGAUAUGUUCUACCCCCGCCUGCGCCCACCACACUUAGUCUGCCGCCGAAGGCGCAGAGUGCGCUGGCUAUGUACAACCCCAUGCCGCUCAUUGAGAAGGAAUCCGGGCCAAAGCCGCAGAAGUAUUCAGAAGUUGACAUAGACGGUUUGCUUCGCGCACUGAAGAACCCGCCAGAGAAAAUCGUGGAUUUGUACAUCCACUACUGUCCGCGGAUCAAGUCGGAUUCGGACAAUUGCUCUGUGUCGCUCACUCUUGCCGACGACAAAUUCGUUCGUAGGCUAUUGUACCGAUUUGCGGGCCCUGAUCGGUCUGAGUACACUGACCACCAGAUAUGCUCCAGGGUCAUUACAGCGCUCGUAUCCAGUCCCGCAGUUUCAUCCGUUACACUAGAGAUUGAUUAUGUACAAUCUGAUGUAAUUGUCGCGGAGCUUUGUACCGCAUUGCAGAAGAAUCGGACGCUCCAAAGGCUUAGUGUUUACAGUGACAAUAGAUUUCAGCAGCCGUUGAACUCCGAGUGCGUGAAGCACAUUGCAGAGAUGUUUCUGGUGAACACCGGAAUCAGGGAGCUUCAGUUGGGGCUGGUUGACAUCACCCUUCAGGUUGCGGACAAUUUGGCGCUGGCGUUGCGACGUAAUCGUUUUCUACGAGGUCUAACUCUGUACGCGCGAAUCGAUGCCGAUGCUCUGGCGGUCUUGACGAAGCCAUUCUCCGGGUCGGAGCCAAAUCAAACCCUCCAAAAGCUGGAGAUUAAGGGAUUCAAGUGCUUAGGAGCGCGCGGCGAUGGCCAGAUUGGUAACAAAGGGGCCGAAAACAUCGCGAAUGUGUUGUGUCGGAAUUCUUCCCUCGAAGAAAUUGCUUUGAAGAAUUGUGAAAUUGACUAUGUUGGUGUGCAGGCACUUGCCCUCGCUCUAAUGUCAAAUAAAAAUCUCAAGGUGCUUGACCUGUCCUACAAUCCUGUUGACGUCGAGGGGCUUAAGGAAAUUGUGAAGACCAUCACAAUGGAUCCAGCCACUAAAGAACAACCCAACACUACGUUCCGAGAGAUCAUCAUCCGUCACAGCUUCAUCAGCAGGGCAGGAGCGCCUAUACUAGCAAACAUGUUGGCGACCAACAAUACUCUCGUCAGAUUAGACCUUCAAUUUAGUGUCCGCUCCUGGCAGAUCAAAGACGUUCUCGCACUGUUGCAUUCCUUGAAGAGAAACCAAUCUUUGAGAUUUCUUGACUUGAGAGGCUGCGAUGGUGUCGCCGGAGAGAAAGUUUUGGCCACAAUCUUGGACCUUCUAGUGACAAACCCCUGGCUUGAACAAUUGGGCGUUGAGGGCACUCCCCUCUCUCGCAAAGGUCACGACGCGGUUAUAAAGGCCCAGUUACGGAGGAACGCCGAGAAGUUCAUGGAGGUAUUCAAGGGAAUGGGGACCGUGACUCCCACUGCCGCAAGAGUGUUCCUCUGCGGCAUUCCUUUUGCAGGGAAAACGACCUUCCGGAAAACAAUGGUGUACAGCAACAUCAAGAGAACUUCCUCCUCGGUUCGUCUCAAAACCUCUGCAGCUUGCAAAGAAGCCAUCUCUAAUUCGAAGAUCUUCAAAGCGGGAAGAAAAGAAUCACAGACAGUGGGAAUUGAAGUACAGGUGAUUGUGGAAGAUAAUGUCCAGAUCUCCAUAUGGGACCUUGCUGGUCACGAGGAGUUUCAUGCCUUCCACGACCUUGUUGUGCCCAAUUUGAGCUCUCAGGGAAGCGCGUGUACUUUUGUGCUUCUGUGCGAUAUGUCUGUGCCGCAAGGCAAGGGUGGUAAAUAUGAGCUCAAAGACGAGAAAGUCGUCGAUCACGAGCUGCGAUACUGGCUCCGAUUCAUAGCGUCCAACACGCGCCAGUCUGUGCACAUGCUGCCGAAUGUAACGGUUAUCUUCACGCAUUCUGACAAAUUUCCUAAGACCGAUCUUAUUGCGCAUUUCAAACCGCAAGUAGAGAAGCUGAGAGUUCAGUUCUCGAAAGUAAUCAACAUUACGGAGUUUCAUGUGGCGGACGCUAGAUCUCGGAAAUCCAUCGAGCCCGUUCAGAAGGCGAUGCAGAAGCGGAUCGUCAGCAUUCUUGAUCGAGUGCCGAAGGUCUUCGAUGCUUGUAGCCAGUUGCAAACGAAAUUGAACGAAUGGAAGAAUCAGCACCCGGACAAGCCACUCAUCAAGUGGUCUGACUUUAGUCUCCUCUGCAGUAAGGUACCAGCACUGAAGCGUCUACAAGGUCAGGACUCCAAGGUCGCGGAGGAGAGACAGAAGGCCGUGGCGAGGGCUAUGCAUGAUGCCGGGGAACUUCUCUUCUUCGACGGGCUGGACUUCAUGGUGGUGGAUCCUAAUUGGUUCUGCCACGAGAUCAUGGGCAGGAUUCUCAGCUUGGACAGCACCCUGCUUGUCCUGAAACACCCGUUAAUUGACGAGCAUGGAUUCACUAAGCGUGAGCACUUGAAAAAAGUUCUAGAGGCUUCGUUUUGCAAGAAUAAGAAUCCUCUCUUCAAAGGGCGAAAGGUGAGGGGAGUGAUCCCUGAGGAUCUUGUUCAGCUGAUGGUGAAGCUGAAUUUGUGUUUCGAGCAAAACCCUGGUGACAAAACCUCUGGAAUCUACAUUCCCGCCUCACUGAGCAACCCAAGUGAAGCGGCAGCGAGAGGGGAAAGGCCCCUCAGCUGGGCAAAUGGCUAUGACCAGGUUUCAGAUGACGAGCUGCUGCACGUCGGCUGGAGGUUGAAGUGCGAGAACCCCGAAUUGACAACCUUAACUCUCGGGUUCUUCCCUAGGCUUCAGGUUUUCUUGCAGAAGAAAUUUUCGGGAGUUCAGGACGCGCGUUACACUAUUGAGAAGAAUUUCAUCUCAUUUGUGUUCAGUGGACUGGAGUUUUUGAUCGAGUACAAUGGGCCAGAGGAGUGUCAGGUGGACAUCCUUGUGCGGUCGUCGAAAGACACCGUGGAGACGUGGGCUACGGUUGAGGAAAAUGUCCUCAAACCUACGCGUGAGUUUUGUGCUUCCCCUACGGAAGGUUGCCAAGGAGUAGUUCUGAUUGAGGAGAUCAUGCGUCCUCAGUGUGUGAGAGAGCUGUGGGUGCGUAAAAAGAGGACUAAGGAUCAGUGUAUUGGAGUCGAGGAUUUGAAGCUGAAGGUGAUGGCGUCUGGAAAGUUAGACUAUGAGUAUAUUUGGAAGAAGAGUAUGGCAGAGAGCCACGGAUUGAAGGCUAACAGUGCCGAGGUUUUGCUUGGACCCGCACACUGGGAAGAUGUUUUGAGCAGAUUCCUGGAUACCCUCGAGAAGAUCGAUUCUGAAGUCAGUCGCAGAAGGUCGCCAGAUUCGACUGGCACGCACAGCAGUCCACUUAGUCCUCUUACGCCACCUCCAUCACGCCGCGUUGGACGCACUGUCUCUCUCUUGCCUCGUCCAUCUGAGAUGGCCUCUCAACUCCUUGAAUCGAGAAUUGCAGACCGAAGCGUGGAGAUCAACGCGCUCCAGAAGAAGCUCUUUCCGUCAUUGUCACGCAACAUCGACAGUGUGAUUGACCUUCCAUUUUUGUUACAAGAUGGCAAGGUCCCGCAUCUCGUCUAUCUCAGCACUGGUGGUGAUUCAGUAAACAGCGAGCGUCUAGUCACGAAGCUUACCCCGGGAUCCUACUCCCGAAAAUUCCACCUCAUGUGCGAGCACCGCGAUGGCAUCCACAUGAUUGAGCACCAGGUUGGUGGGAUCAUGCGCUGCGACGAGAAGUCGGUCCGAAGCGUCCGCCCUCACAUGCUGUGGGGUCUGAAGCUCAUUUCCAUGCUGUUGCGCAUCAGUGAGCUCGCGGCUGGGGGUUUCCCUACAAUGCUCACCGAAGCCGAGCGCAUGCGCCUGAUGGGCAUUGUUGCUGAUGACGACGAUAACGAUGAGCGACCUGACGUGACGGGUCGGCUAUCCUUCACGCCGGAGGAGAUGAUGGCAGCCGAGGACUGGCUUAUUCACUAUAUGAAGGGCAAGAAUAUCCCUGCCUUGUUUGGCCUUCACAAAGUCUGCUACCUCGACAAUGGAUUACCUUCGAAGCACGUCGCGUGGAUCUGUGAUAAGCACAUGCAUUUCUGCCUUAACCACGGCUUAGUGGACGUCUUGUAGGAUAGACUCACAAAUAUAAAUACGUAUCGGGCGGUCGAGGAAGAUAUGCCAUGAAUGCUCUGAUACUAAUACUCUUCACACAGUUUGCGUUCAGGGUUUGCACUGUGGACUUCAUUAAUUCUUGAGGAGAAACUGCUUCCUCGUAACGGAUUAUACUCCGGCAUCAAUUAGGAUAUAGGGAUGUGCUGAACUGAGGCUCUCAAUUUGACCUGUCGAUCUACGAGGAUCGUAUCGAUUCAAGUCGAUCAAAGUCUCGAACCUGACGUCAAAAUUGAGUUCAAUGACCAGCUGAGCGCGAGUUGCUAAUCCAAGAAUGCAAGGGACAGGUCGCGAAGGAUUGGUGUAGCUGUUUAGUGCCAAUCGGGAAUGGAUAAGCUCUUUGGUUCUGGCAACCACAUUCUGUAGUGUAUAUUGUAAGUUCUAAGUAGCUACUUUAGAACCCCCUCCGUGAGUAUGCGGUGUUAUGAGUUAAGAUUUAGUUGUGUUUUGGACAUUGAGAGCUGUCAAUUACACCUGCGGUUAUUUAUGUUUUCAAAUGGCUCA